AUGCCCCUCACACUACUACGCUCGUCCCCGCCAGCCCUGACGCGCCAACAGCUCGCGACCUUGUCCGAGUCGACUCCGGCCAGCUUCACCGACAUACCCCCUCUGCUCCAUCACCACGAGACCCAAGUACGCUACACCCUUGACCCGCCCUUCGAAGAGCUCGAGCGUGAAGGUGUCGCAGAUCUCUACAUCACCGAAGGGUCCGUUUGCUCUUUCCGUCUUUCGUCUUGGUCUUGACCUCCUCCCCCACCAACUGACCCGCCCGCCGCGCGCUCGCAUGCGAACCCGUCUGCACGACUUGUACCUUGCACAGAGCCGUGUCCUUCUUUUCGACGGCAUCCUCAACCGGACUCUUGAUCCCCUACCCGCACUUGACCCUGCACGCCAUCUCACGCGAGCCUCCGAGAUCUUCGACCGCGAACGCGACCACGAAUGGUGCGUCCGCCUCAUCUUCGUCCGAGACAUCAUCAUCGACGACGGCAUCACCUGCAGGGCCCUGCAUCUACUGCCAAGUCGACGCGGAGGUCAUCGAAUCCGACACGGAUGAACUUGAAGGGCAGACGUACGAGCUCAUCCUCUUCCCGAGCGACACUUCGACUGGUAAGUCCCGUCUUGUCGGCCCCGUCGGGAAGAAUGAGCCACGAGUUCUCCCCUGAGGCUCAUCUUCAAGACAAUCCAUCUUCCCAGUGGACAAGAUAUUCGAAACGCUUUCGGACUGCGCCGCGCUGCAUCCCCCACCUGGCGCCUCGGACCCAUCCUCGCUUUUCGGAGGUCUUGACCCGGACUCGAUGGUCUAUGCCGACGAGCAGGGCAACGUCGCUGGACCUGGACUCGAUUCGGUCGAAACACACGGCAGUGGGGAUGCGGUGGAAGAUGCCCCCGAUUCCCCCGAUAUUGCUCUUGAGAGUAGCGCCGGUCGCGUCAGGAGUGACUUUACUCAUCCCGAAACGAGAAAGGGGCCUUACUGA